AUGUGCUCCUCUGAGAUGGGGACGCGGUGGCACCACUGGUCCCCCCUGCUCAUCAGCCUGGCUGCUCUCUUCUCCAAAGUGGCUGAGAGUCGUGGGAUUCUGGAGAGCAUCCAGAGGUUCUCCCUGCUGCCCACCUACCUCCCGGUCACCUACCACAUCCAGCACGCCGACGUAGCCUUCUUUCUCAAGGAAGCCGACCAGGACAUCAUGAGGAACUCGAGCCUGCAGUCCCGUGUGGAGUCUUUCCUCAUCUACAAGUCCAAGCGGCUGCCCCUGCUCAAUGCCAGCUAUGGCCCCUUCUCCAUCCAGCAGGUCGUGCCCCAAGAUCUCCUGCAGCCCUCCAGUCCCUUCGGGCCUGCCGGCCAGUUCUCACUCCAUUGGAAGCUAAAGGCCACCGUCCUGCAGGACAGAGUGCCCCUGAGCCGGCCCCGCGUACAGGUCCUGUUUCAUGUCGUGGGCCGGGACUGGGAUGACCACAGUACCGCUGAGCAGCUGCCCUGCCUGCGAGUCUUUGCCUUCAGAGAGACCCGAGAGGUGCGGGCCAGCUGCCGGCCGCGGGGGGCACUUGGGCUGUGUGUGGCCGAGCUGGAGCUGCCCCCUGCCUGGUUCAGCACCCCUGCGGUAGUGGCUGGGAGGAAGAAGACAGCAGAGAGGCCUGAGGGCACCCCGGUGGAGCUCUACUACACCGUGCAGCCAGGGGACGGGCAUGGCGACUGUGCCAAGGGCGGCUCUCGAACUAGUGGUGGUCAGCGGACAGGCCACAGUGACAUGGACGAAGCCGGGCCACCCCUGCAGAGGAUUGGGAGCGUGUUCCUUUACCAGACUCAGAGCCCACCGGCCCUGCGAGAGCUGCGCCUGGACCACAACGUGGCCGUCCACUACCUGCCACGGACCGCCAGGCAGGGGGACUUGCUCACCUUCCCUAUUUCCGUGUCCACGAACAUCACGGAGGACCACUUCACCUUGAGGGCCAAGGUGAAGAAAGGCGUGAGUAUCGUCGGGGUACGGGCCAGCAGCCCCUCCAUCUGGGACGUCAGGGAGAGCACGGAGCACAGGGGCAAGUAUGCACCAGCUGUCAUCGUGUGUCACAGGAGACUGUCUGCCUCGGAACACAGUGUGGACAGCGUCUCCCACGAGGUCAUGCAGAUCGACGUCGUGGUGGAAGAGCCCAGCGACCCUCCAGCCACACAGCUGGUCACCUGGCAGGUUGAGUACCCAGGAGGGUUCACAUCAGACCUGGGCGUGUCCAAGAUCUACGUCAGCCAGAAGGACGUGUUUGGAGUGAUCCCGCUGGCCAUGGAGGCAGAAAUUCUGAACACGGCCGUGCUCACGGGGAAGACGGUGGCCGUGCCGGUGAGGGUGGUGGCCGUGGACGAGGACGGCGAGGUGACGGAGCUGCUGGACUCAGUGCAGUGCAGAUCCUCAGAUGAAGACACCAUCAAGGUGUCCGACAGAUGUGACUACGUCUUCGUCAACGGCAAGGAGAUGAAGGGCAGGUUGAACGUGGUAGUGAACUUCACCUACCAGCACCUCCAUGGAGCCCUGGAGAUGACAGUGUGGGUGCCCCAGCUGCCCCUGCACAUCGAGGUCUCAGACACCGAGCUCCACCAGAUCAAGGGCUGGAGGGUGCCCAUUGUUGCCAACAAGAGGCCGGCCCGGGACAGCGAGGAGGAGGAUGAGGAGGAGCGACGGGCCCGGGGCUGCGCCCUGCAGUACCAGCAUGCCCUGGUGCGGGUCCUCACGCAGUUUGUGGCCGAGGCGGCUGAGCCCGGGGGACACCCGGCCCACCUGCUGGGCUCUGACUGGCAAGUGGACAUCACGGAGCUAGUGCACGACUUCAUGCAGGUGGAGGACGCCAAGAUUGCCCGGCUACAGGGGGGCCAGGUUCUCAUCGGACAGGAGCUCGGCAUGACCACAAUCCAGAUCCUCUCACCCCUGUCGGACACCAUCCUCGCCGAGAAGACAAUCAUGGUGCUGGAUGAGAAGGUGACCAUCACUGACCUCGGCGUCCAGCUGGUCACCGGGUUGUCACUGUCCCUGCAGCUCAGCGCCGGCAGCAACAGGGCCAUCUUUGCCACAGCUGUGGCCCAGGAGGUCCUGCAGAGGCCCAAGCAGGAAGCGGCCAUCAGCUGCUGGGUCCAGUUCAGUGACGGCUCGGUCACACCCUUGGACAUUUAUGAUGAGAAAGACUUCUCCCUGGUGGCCACAUCCCUGGAUGAGAAGGUGGUGUCCAUCCACCAGGACCCCAAAUUCAAGUGGCCUGUGAUCACCGCAGAAACAGAAGGCCAAGGGUCCCUGGUGAGGGUCGAGAUGGUCAUCAGUGAGCCGUGCCAGAAGUCCAAGAGGAAGAGUGUGCUGGCCGCCGGGACCGCCAGCAUCAAAGUGAAAUUCGGCCAAAGCGACGCCAACCCCAGCGCGAGCGGCAGCGGGCGAGCUGGGCCCGGAGCACACCUGGAGAAUCACAUCGAUGACCGGAGACACAGGAGGCCCCUUCAGGAGUGGGGGGCCCACGAAGGCCAGUACUACUACGGCAGCCCCUCUGUGGGGCUCAUGGAGGGCCGGGGCACAGCCACCGAGGGCUCGACCUUCCAGAGGAAGUAUGGCCAGGAGAGCCUGGUGGACGGCGGGGGCCACUUCCAGACUCUCCCCGUGGACCUCGCCAGCCUUCCUGCCCAGGUGGACGUGCCCAGCAGCAGCGGGGACCUGGAGGAGAACGACCUCAUGCAGACGCCCCAGGGGCUGAGCGACCUGGAGAUCGGGAUGUACGCGCUGCUGGGCGUCUUCUGCCUGGCCAUCGUGGUCUUCCUGGUCAACUGUGUGGCCUUCGUGCUCAAGUACCGGCACAAGCAGGUGCCCUUGGACGAGCAGGAGGGCAUGAGCCACUCCCACGACUGGGUGGGCCUGAGCGCCCAGGCAGAGCUGCUGGAGAACCACGUCCCCUUCGCCUCGGCCCACGAGGAGCAGGUCACGGCCCUGGACAGGGACUUCGAGGAGAGCAAGUUCCUCCUCUGCUCCAGCUCCCAGAAGAGCAGCAACGGGCAGCUGUGCAGACCUGCGGGGCCCUCGGUGGCCGGCGCCAGGGACGAGAAGAGCGAGCCGCCCGCCUCCCCCACCUCCAAGCGGAAAAGAGUGAAGUUCACGACCUUCACCACCGUGUCUGCGGCCGAGAACUGCCCCGCCGUCAACUCGCUGGUGCUGAGCAGCGAGGACGACAUCAAGUGGGUCUGCCAGGACCUGGACCCAGGCGAGCGCGCAGAGCUGCACGCCUACAUGGAGCGGCUCCACGAGAACGCGUGA